AUGUUGCCAUAUCGUUGCCGUUGCGGCGGCGGGUUGAUUUCGACCUUGGUGGCGGCGGCGGUCCUCGUGUGCGGUGUGGUCGCAGGGACUAUGCAAGUCGAGUACAGUUGGGUGUACGUGGACUAUACAUUUGCCAGUCCGAAUCACCGAGAAUCGGCCAUCAACUCAAGGAAGUUCAUUCCUGAAAACUGUGUCAUACUGGACGUGGACAUAUUUCAAGGUCCAUCUGAAGAAAAAUUAUACUUCAAUAUGGGUUCAAAUUCAAAUUCUGCUGUUACCAAACAACGAGUGUUUGUAACGGUUCCUCGCAUCAAGCCGGGAAAUCCUGCAUCCAUCGCAGAAGUAGUUCCAGGAGAUCUCCCAAGUUCUGUACUAUUAGCGCCGUACCCGAAUUGGAAGGCUAAUACUAUUUCUGAAGACACGAUAAAUUGCGACGAUACGAUUGUUUCAGUAUUUAGAACCAAAAUUGACUACCUCGGUCGAUUUUGGGUUGUUGAUGUCGGCACAUUAGAUCAAUUUGAGAUGACAGCUCGCUCAGUGUGCCCUCCAAAACUUUUGAUAUUUGACUUGAAAAAUGGCGAUAGAGUUAUAAAAACGUAUAAAUUUCCUUCGUCACAGGUAAAAGACGUUUCGUUGUUUACCAACAUCGAAGUCGAUAUCAGAGAUUCAAAGGGCCGUAAUACAUUUGCUUACAUAACCGAUACUACUGCGUAUAAACUUGUUGUGUACGAUUUUAAAAAUGACGAAAGUUGGGUGAUAGAUCAAGCAUACUUCUACCCGUACCCAAAUAAGGCUCAUUUUAAAAUUAAAGGAGUUAACUUCGACUUAAUGGAUGGAAUAUUAGGAUUAGCCUUAGGUCCUAUAAUAAAAAACGAUCGGAAGUUGUAUUUCCACGCCUUCGCUAGCAUCAGGGAAUCGUGGGUGAACACUAACACAUUGCAAAAUAAAUCGUUGUUUCAAAAUGGUUUAAUCGACGGUUCCGGUACAUUCUUUUUGUCUUCGGAAGUUAGAGAAACCCAAUCUAGUAUUGAAGUGAUGACUGACAAUGGAGUACUUAUAUACGCAUCAAUGGACAACAGUUUGGGCUGUUGGAACAUCCAGGACCCAUUUACAACUAAAUACACCCACACGAUAUAUAAGAGUGACGAAGAUUUUCAAUUUCCCAGUGGCAUGAAAAUUGUGGGCGACAAAGUGUGGGCAGUGUCAAGUCAACUUCAAAAUCAUUUCACAACUAUGGUCACUAAUCGUAAAUCGGUCAAGUACAGGGUGCUGGUUGGUCGAGUUGACGAAUUGAUAAAACGCACAGGAUGCGAUAAGAGGACAAGAUUCGACGACGAUAACGACGAGUUUCUAGUCGAAUCGUUUGACGAUAAUAUACUGCAUGAAUGGCGUGCGGUACCAGACACGGAACCAUGGAGCUAUUCGAGAAUGUCCAGGGUGUUCGAAGACAAAAAUGGCGCACAUCAGACGCCCGUCAAGUCGUUGGUAUUGACUGGAAACGUAAACGUACACGGUCACAGUAAAUCGGCGUCGUUGUCCUACGAUUGCCGUAUGAGUAUGAUCAACGGUCAAUUGAAAAACCGCGACUGUUUGGGCAAGUCUCGUCGGAGGAACCGGGUGAGGCGCGAUCCGGGUCCUCAAAGGUGA